CUCAGCUUUUUCUCUCUCGUCGUCCAUGGCGAAGCAGCACAGUCGUAGCUUAGUAACAGCAGCAGUACUAGACUAGUACCCACCAUUGUCUCAAAAACUCUCUUCCUCUCUUUCUUUCCCAAUCAUUUCCCCGUUGAUUCCGAGAUCUCAACUCCCGCCGAUAACCUCUAAUUGAUUCCGCGUUGAUCGACCAACGAAUGGAUCUUGGGGAUGAGCAUCCGUUUCUUUCCUAAGUACGCGCCGUCGUAGACAGAACGAUCGUCUCCAUCAGUCUCUUUUCCCAGACGUACGUGCGAUUGCCGGCGGCGCAGAGCACAGAUAUCGAGACUAAUUCUUCAGGCAACAUUCACUAGCCGACGGAACACGAUCGAAUUAGCCGGUCCGUUUAGCUGGAACUUUCGCCGGUAACUUUCUCUCUCUAACUUUCUUUUUUAGGUUGAAGGGAAAUUUGGAAAGUUGUUAUCAAUCACGGAGAAAGAAGCUUUUUGUUUCCACUGAAAAGGAAAAAUCCCCCAAUCAACCAGUUGGAGGGGGGUUUUCUUGGAAACCGCCAUGGAAGCUUCUCUCGGAUCCAGCCACUCAUUAAACAUAGUUUAAUUAUUCUAAUCAACCUGUUUAAUCAAUCAUAUCAUAUCGACUUUAAUUAAUUAACCGUGUCCCAUCCCAAUGCUUCUUCUAAUUUACAUAUUUCCGCUUUCCAAUCGAUCUUUUUUCUUCAGAAAGGAAGAAGAAAGAGAGAAAUUAAAGAUGUCGUCGUCGCAGAGCUCGCCGUGCGCGGCGUGCAAGUUCCUGCGGCGGAAGUGCACGGCGGAGUGCGUGUUCGCCCCCUACUUCCCGCCGGACCAGCCGGCCAAGUUCGCGAGCGUCCACCGCGUCUUCGGGGCCAGCAACGUCGCCAAGCUGCUCAACGAGAUCCCCGCCGCCCAGCGCGACGACGCCGUCAAUUCCCUCGCCUACGAGGCAGAGGCCCGCCUCAACGACCCUGUCUACGGCUGCGUCGGCUUCAUCUCCCAGCUCCAGCACCGCCUCAAGCAGCUCCACUUGGAUCUCCACCUCGCCAGGCAGGAGCUCGCCAAGUACGUCGGCCCUCAGGCCUUGCUCGUCCCCUCCCCCAAUUUCGGCGUCCCACAUUAUCCCGGAAACCCCUCUUCUUCGACCCUCAUGAUUUCGCUGCAGCAGCGGCAGCAGAUAAACAGUUACCCGAAGAUGGGUAUUCCGACCGGGUCGGGUCUACCCGUUAUGAUCCGGGAAAAUAGUACCCAGCAACAGCAGCACCAACAACAAUUUCAUCACCGGCUUCAACUGCAGGAGGCGGCACAGCAGCAGGAAAUGUUGAGGGCUUAUAAUGAUCAACAGCAGCAGCAGCAGAGGCAGUUUCAGCAGCAGGAGGUAAUCAGGUUGAUGGAUGGUGGUGUUACAGCGACUGGGUUCAAUGAGAUUACUAGCAGCCCAUCAAUGGGUGUCUCGACGCCAUCAUCCUCAUCCCUAGCUCUAGGGGAGAUUGAUCAUGAUAGAGCGUACCAAGGGCAGCAGGUUCAAAGGCCCAUGGUGGAGCUUAAGCCACAGCUGUUUCUUCAACAGCAACAUCAUCUGCAGAAAGAGCAGCAGCAGGAGGGGAGCACAGGGCCGUCAGGUUGAUGAUGUUGAACUUUCAGAGACAGGGUUUGCUUUGUUUAGUCUGGCUGAGAUACUGUGAUAGAAGAGAGAUGUGCAUAGUUUCUGUUCUUGGUGAGCAUGACUCUCAGCUUUCUUUCUUUUUGUCUCUCAGCAUACACACACACACAGAAAUGUUAACAUUAAUGGAGGGGAGAUAGCUACUAGCUGGCAUUGGGUUGAUGGGUAAUUGAUACUUGGGUUGAGGGGUUAUUCAUGAAUGGAGGGUUGAGGGAAGUGGAAAGGCAGCAUUAACUCCAUACUGCAUAAAGGAAGGAGGAGUUGGUACAAGAGUUAUUGUUAUUUGUCUUUUCUACAGUGAUCAGGGAAUAUGCUUUUCCCCUCUUUCUUACACAAUCCAUCUCCUUCAGUCACUUUCAUGGAGGGUUUUUUUCUUCAUUUUCUGCUACCUUUCCAGUAGUACUAUUCCUAGGGAUCUAUCUAUCUCUAGUUCUCUACCUAAUAUACUUAGCCAUAUGCAAAAUUUGGCUACAAUCUCCAACAUUCUUGACAUUGCCAUAUUUGAGACCAAUUUUUACUUGCUGUAUGUCUAUGGGCUGUAAAGGCCGGAAGGGAAGGUCUAGAUCAGCUGUAGCUAGUUGGUGGUUAGGGUUUGUAGAUCUCUUGUUGUUUAAUGUUUUUGGCAUUGUAGCUUUGUUGGGAUGGGCACAUUUAAUGAGAGGAUGCAAUAUAAUUUGUGGGUUGUUGUGGUAUAUUAUUCAAUUAAGAAGCCCAUGAUCUUGACUGUUCAUGGAGAGGGGAAAAAGGGCAGGAUCUUGACUGAUUUAAGAGGGUGUUGGACUUUGCAUAUGAUUCAUCUCUACCUAAUGAAUUUAUAUAUGCCCUGUUAAACUUUACUGCUGCUGCUGCUGUUGUUUCUUUUCUAUUUUUCUCGUCGUUUGGUUGGUUACUCUUUUCUUGCAGUGGAAAAGCAUGCAGUAAGAGACAGUUGACCUAGAGCUGGCUACAGUUUGAGAGAGAUGAGAACUUGUGCAGACUUUCCCAUCGAAGAUAACCUUUCCACAAAUUUCUUGUAUGAUAGGAUUAAAUAUACUGCAUUCGA